UUCCUGAAGGCAGCACAGUCAGAACAGGAUCCAGACACAAGUCAGACUGAACAAAACACCUGAUGAUGACGUCACAUGUAUAUCCCUAAAGGGCAUUUUCACACCUGUUGUGUCAGAAAUGUUUUCCUCCAAAUCCAGUGGACCUCCCAGCCAGCUGUUAGCCAGUCAGGACGACGCCUCCUCCCAGCUCAAAGCCAGGAACCCAGAAGAGGAACCGCACACUUUGCUGUGCAAGCCCGUUCUCGCUGAGGGCGCUUGGAUUUCACGCCGUGAAGAAACAUGACGGUGACGAGAAGCUGUGGUGCUUUCAUGUGCACGCUUGUGGUCCUGUCAGGAGUGGAGACAAGCCUGCGGAAACCCAACAUCUGGGGCAGAUUUACGGACCUGUUCUCCUCUGGAGGUUUCGGUGGGCUCUGUCUGAACGGAGGCUCGUCGUUCCCAUCUUUGAUCACGGGGGAACAUUUGUUUUGCGUUUGUCCUGAGGGUUUCGCUGGGAUCCACUGUGAGACAGAGGUCACAAACGACUGCUAUGAGGGCGUUGGGCUGUACUAUAGAGGCCAAGUGUCUGAAACAGCCAGCGGACGAGCUUGUGCAGAGUGGGACCCAGAAACCAGGAGGCGCUUCUUAUCAUGGGAUCUUCACUCAGGGAGGCACAACUACUGCAGGAAUCUUCACUUCAGAAGGCGUCCGUGGUGUUAUGUUGGGAAGAACCAUCAGCUGCAGUGGGAAUACUGUGAGAUUCCACGCUGUGGCUUUCAACCCGUUGCAUCGGAACCUUCUCCAGAACCAACACAGCCUCUAACCACUGAAGAGUCGACAUGUGGCCAGCGCACCAGAGGGAGGCAGAUGAAGAUUGUCGGGGGAACCGUUUCUUCUGUGGAAUCCCACCCGUGGAUGGCUGCUAUUUUCUGGCGGAGCAAGUCCGAGAAGAAGGUCUUCCGCUGUGGGGGCAGCCUGAUCUCCGCCUGCUGGGUCCUCACAGCCGCCCACUGCUUCCUCGACGGCUCUCGGAGCAGAGCCAGACAUUUCUCUGUCACUCUGGGGAAAAGCGCCCUGAACGAGAGCAACCCAGACACGGAGCAAAUGUUCAAAGUGGACAAAAUCUUCACACAUGAAGGAUUCGACAACAGUGACGGAAACUACAACAACGACAUUGCUCUGCUGAAGCUUAAGCCCAAACGUGGGAGAUGUGCUGAGGAGAGCGCUGCGGUGAAGCCGGUCUGCCUGCCGCCCCCCGCGCAGACCCUGCACCCCGGCUUCCCCUGUCAGGUUUCAGGCUUUGGAAAAGAGAGACACGAGCUUUGGUAUAACUCUCAGUACCUCAGAGAGGCCCAGGUGAAUAUCCUGGCUGAUGACGUGUGUCGGCGUGAGGACUAUUACGGAAACAUGAUUACUGAUAACAUGAUUUGUGCCGCGAGUCCCAACUGGAGCCAGGACGCCUGCAAGGGCGACUCCGGAGGCCCGCUGGUGUGCGCCGUGGCAGAGAGGUUCUUUCUGUUUGGAGUUGUCAGCUGGGGCGACGGCUGCGCUGAAGAGUUCCGGCCCGGCGUGUACACAAAAGUCACCAACUACAACAAGUGGAUAGAAGAGAAGACGGGUCUGUCCGCCAUCACUGCAGGAAGCGAGUUUCCUCCCAAAUAACUGAGCUCAGCAACCAACCAGCAGCUUUUUCAGCAGUGUUGUCUGUUCCGCGAAGAGAUCAAACGAGGAUUUUGAAAAGUCUCCUACAGGUGAUGAGCUGAUCACAUACAAAGCUGAAAACAGGUUUUCCCAUUUAACCUGGAACUUUUGUCCUUUUUCUAAUCAACCUUCUUAAUUUAGUCCCAGAGAGAGAAAGUGGUUAUGGUUUCCCCUCACUAACUAAUCAAGUUAGGAUUUUAGUAGUUAGGAGACUUUCCAUUCAGGUUCUCCAUGACUCUUUGGGCCAAUGGAAUGACUCCAUCUACUGAGGGCAAACCAUUAAGCUCUCACUGACAUGUUCUAACAGUUUUUACAUUAUGCUCAGUACUAAUUGUUGCAAAGAUGCAUUUAGUAACUAUAAAGAGACAAUUUAUUUCUGUCAAAAAAGGAUGUUUUUUUGCACGUGAUUAAACAUCUGCUGGAUUUGGUGUCUUUAUGAAUCCGUUUCUUAUCGACAGAUUCCUUACACCGUAGUUUUAAUGCAGCCACUAGAGGGCGUCAUAAUGCUAAAAACCAAUGCAUGUUGACAUGUUGCUUUUUUAUUGUUUCAUGAUCCGGCAGCCACACUUUUCCCAGAACAGUGAGUGACUUGUAUCACCCGUCUGUAAGCAUUUGUUCUGUAUUUUAUAAAUAGUUUCUUUUCCAUACAUUUUUAUUGAUGCUUCCAUUUUGUUGUCUGCAUUUCCUUUUCACUGGUAUUUAAUGACUUCAGUUAGUUAUGCAGCUUCUUUAACACUUCAAUUCUUUUUUUUUGCUCCGGUCCCGGGCCACACCAGAUCACAGAAAUGAAACAACCCUCUGUAACUGCAUUUGAUUCUGCUUGGGUGGAGUUUUAUAUUUUUUUGUUAUUUAGCUCUGCUUUGCCCACAUUUUCACAUGGGAUGCAUUCAGGACCUGUGCAGACUCAAAGAAGCUUCUGUAUAAUGUAAAAUGUGUUUUUCAAUCCAGUUAAAGCAGGAUGCUAUCAACAAACAAUCUCUGUAUUCAAGCCAUGAAUAGAGCCUUGUAUGUGACUUAUGACCGUGGAGAAAUAACUGUAAACACAAAAUAAAGAAAAGUCUGAGUCAUGGAAA